AAGAGGGCGUGUUCCGGUUCUUGAAAAUAAUAAAAAACAAAAACAAGGUCCUUACUGGUGCCUAGCCCAACGCUGAUUAUUUCCGGUUACUAGCAUUAAGAUACUACGAACAUUGUAGUACAAGUAGCAUAUGUCUGUUUUUGAAGAGUUCCAAUAUGGCUAAUAAAAAGGGGAAGGUACCCCCAAAAGUCACUGGUCUAUCACCUAACCAAGGGCCUCCUGGCACCAAAGUAACAAUUCGGGGUGAAAAUUUGGGUAACAGCUCCAAGGAUUUAGUUGGCUUGUACAUCUGUAAUGCAAAUGUAUUGUUAUCAGCCGAAUGGCACUCUCCAUCCAAAAUUGUCUGCCGCACCACCAACUGCAAAGGUAAUGGGGAUGUCAUAGUCGCCACUAAAUCGGGCGGUGUCGGUACUAGCACGGUCAAAUUUCGUGGACUGAACAUCAUCCCAGGACCACUUCAGGAAGUGGCAAUCUGGGUUGAUGAGCCCAUGCAGUUUGAGAAGCGUAUCGGAACUGUCAAUCGACCAUCAUCACCUCUGCAUGUUGGGAAUCGUGAUGACCCAUUAGGUCUUUCUGUUGAAAGUCCAUUGCAAUUUACUGAUGAAGAAUUACAGAAAAUGUUUCCAGGAGGUAGUGGUAACUUUGCACUCAAGACCUUUGAACCGGUUUGGUUUCUUAUUGAAAAUCAUAAUGCAACAAGCUUUGAUGAUCUGAAGGCUGGAUUGGUUCAUUUGAGGAAGCAAUCAGCCAAUCAAAAGACAGAGGGUCCACAGAGCUUCAUUAAAACCAACUUAGGCACAUUUAUGAAUUGUCAGGAUAUUUUGACUACGAUUCAUUCAAGCUUAAUGGAGGAUGAAGUAACUGAAGACCCUGACACAAAAGCACCAGCUGCUCUCCUUGAAAGUCUUCUUGUAGAAUGUGAUGAAAGUGCUCAGAAGAUUUUCCGCAAGAUUCUACGAAACAAGGCUUUGGCAGAUUCAACAAGAAAUGCCCUCAACGUCCUCAAUCGUUUCAAAUUUCUUUUCCAUCUGCCAAUCAACAUUGAAAGGAAUAUUCAGAGUGGUGAAUAUGAAGUUGUGAUCAAUGAUUAUGCAAAAGCCAAAUCUCUGUUUGCAACUACUACUGUAACAGUGUUUAAACAAAUUUAUGAGGAAGUUGAGAAUAAGAUUGUACAAUUCAGAGAGCAACUGAGGAAGAGGUUAAUGGAACUGCCAUCAACGAUGGACGAACAAAAGAAGUUAAUAAAGCACCUGGUAGAAUUAGAGGCCCCUGGGGAUCCUGCAUGGGACUGCAUCAGCAACCAGCAGAUCUGGCUAAUGAGCCUACUUCACACCUGCAAAGAUAACCACCUACAAAUGGGUGAAUGUAGCAUAACAGCCGAGCAGACCAACACUCAGAUGAUACGAAUUGUCAACGACAGCCGACAGCGCCCAGGAGCUGGGUCCACACCUGCUGAAUGUGAUGUAUCAGAUGGUAAGUUUUCUCUUCCAAGGAAAGUUCUCUUCCUUGAAGAACUGUUGGAAAUCCUACAGGAGACUUUUCCAGAUUUCUGUAAACUUGGCCAAGCAUACUUCAAUGGAAAUAUCAUCAUUGAGACAAGUGGCAAACCAAUGAAAAUAGAUACAGACAAAGCACCAGUUUUCAAGGAAAUGUCAGUUGACCAGGGUCUAAGUGAACAGUUGAAUACAUUUGAUAAAAUGGUUUCGGAAAUUCUAAAGCUUCUAUCGAACCUUGUGAGGGCAGCAUUUCUGCCAGAGUCUCUUUCAAAACUACCGAAGCAUGAACAGGACAAAUAUGGCAUGUGGAAUGAAGUGACCCAUGAAAGUGCCUCUGCAUGGCUACCACAGUGUGUCAGGAAAUUAAGGUCAAUUGUGACAACUCUGUCGUCCCUUGAUGUGCCGUCUGCUGCACUGGAGAAUCUGAAUGACCUCAUCACUGACCUGCGAGUCCACUGUAUGGUGAAGCUGUUUGAAGAGGCAGCUGAUGAGGUUCAUGCUUUGAGUUCAAGAGAAACCUGGCAGCUUCAGGUUGAUGACAGUGGCGGAAUUACAAGUUUGCCUUUAUUGUUUGAAAGUGUUAUCAUGGAAACGUUACAACACCUUCAUGAGGUUGUGAACUGUGCUUGGAAAGGAGAAACUGAUAUUUUCAUGGACUAUGACGUACAGCAAAAAGCAGUGGCACUUUGUGUUCAGUCACUGAAUGCCUUUUCAACUACUUUAGAUAAGCUAGCCUUUGAAGGAGACAAUGGAGAUGAUAGUAGAGUCAAAAGUGAUUCUAAUAAUUACUCCCAGAGUGUCUUCUUCACGGAGGAUACACAACCCUCAGUUGAACAGUGCUUAGUUAUCAUGCUUAGCAACUGUAGCUAUGUGUCUCAAAACAUUAUUCAUCAACUUAAGGAGCAAUUUGAUAAGCAUGGAUACCCAAAAUCACAAGAAGUAGAAAAUAAUGCCCUAGAAUCCUAUGCUGAACUUGAUGAAAAGAUCUUUGAAGCUUACUGUGAGCAAAAGAUUGAACCUUUGAUAGGGGCUCUGGAGCAGGGCAUGUAUGCUGGCAAUAUGGACUGGAAUGACUGCCCUAGACCUACAGGAGUGCGAAACUAUGUUAAAGAAGCUGUGAUGAAGUCUAUUGCAAUCCAUGCGGAGAUUCAUGCAAUUGCGCCUGCAUUCCUCAUGCGUGUUAUGACGGAAGUGUUCACAGCAUUAGCGGAGGAGUUGUCACGUCUAAUGAGCUGUAUUCCUAAGUUCAGUCAGAAUGGUGCUCUGCAAGCUAGGCUUGAACUCUCUGCUCUGCACAACUCUUUGUCGCCCUACAGGAAUGCUGCCACCAGUGGUUCAUUUACUGAAGCAAUCAGUGUUAUUCCAGAUCUGCGAAAUGAGAAAGAUAAAAUUUACUUAAGUGAACUUCUGAACCGCUACAAAAGUGAAAUGCAAUUUCAAAUGAUGUGCUUCACCGAUGACAGUUGAUAGGUGUAAAUUUUUACUAUGGUGGGAUAUGGCUUAAAUAGGGAUUUUUAUGAAGUGACAGGGAGGGUGGGGUUUUAGUUUAAAAAAUUAAGGGUGGUAUGUCUUUUUAUAAGCAGGGAGGGUAGGGUGAAGUUUGAAAGGCAGAGUGGGUGGCCUAUGGUCAAAGUGGCAAGAGAGGGGCGGUGUGCUUUCAAGGCCAGGAUGGGUAUGGGUGUGGUUUGAAUGGUAUUCCAUGUACAGUAGGUGUAGUGUGAAAGGCAGUGUUGAUAGGCUGGGUGAUAGUGGAGAUGAUAUGAUAAGAAAUGCCAUGUAGUGAUAUUUUUAAACCACAUUAUAGGACUUAGCCAUGUGUCACCAAGAGGUCAUGACAUUGAGAUCAACGCUGAUCAUUCAUCUUCACCCAGGAGUAUAAAUGUGUAACUGAUAGGAGGGGAAUUCUUUGGAAUGAAAAUAGUAGUGCUGAUUACAUGCAUAACUCAGAAUAUAUACCAGGAAAUGGAGGAAGUGGCACAUUGUGCAAGAUGGAUUCUGCAGGGGUGGAUCCAGAGAUGUCCAAAAUCGGGGGCCGAAUGUGGGGCUGAUUGAGAUAACACUACCCUAGGGGUCUGGGGGAAUGUGCCCACGAAAUUUAUGUUUUCUAGACGCUCGAAAAUAACUUCUGAGGUGUUGUUGUUGUAGGUGAUCAAUUAUUUCUUUUUCUUUUUUUUUUUUUCUGUUUUUCUUUUACUUUUCAAAGGGUGGGACAGGGGCAGCUCAGCUCCCCCCACUAAAUCCCCCUCUUCUGUACAGUGGCGUCCCUGCAAAAAUCAUGCUCAAGUAGUUAAAAAUCACCUGAAAUCACUUUAUUUCACGAGCUAGCAUCUGUUCACCUAAUCAUUGAAUCUCCCAGAUCCAUUUCAACAUUUUAAGACUUCUAGAUACGCCCCCGACUCUGUAUCCAACGACCAGGGUAAACCACCUUGAGCAAUUCUUUCUGAGAUGGACAUGUGCACUACAGUAUAUGUUAUUUUUAUUAUUAGUUUAUAAAACAUAAAUUUGCUUGUGGAAGAAUAGUAUGUAUUUUGAUACUGAACAGAUAAUCCAGUAUAAAUAAGAAAUACAGUAAAUAAAGAAAUAUUAUAAUAGAAAAAUAUUGAAGAAAAAAAAA